UCUGCCUAGGAAUCUAAUUCCAAGGCCCAAUGCGAUGCUUAUCAGUUAGCCUAAGAAGCAUCCUCCUUAUGCCACCACUACCCCGAAAGUAAGAAUGAGAUUAGGGUUUAAAUUUGCCUCAAAAUCAAACACUUUCUUCACUCAUUCCUCGCUACCACCCGCAUUUCCUUCUUCCCUUCCCUACUUCCCUUCACUUUCCAAAAAUUUCACUUUCUCAGGGAAAAAGAAGUUAUCUUUGUGGGUGCAAAGGGUCGGAUUUAAGACUGAGACUCAGUUAAGUGAUAAAAUGGAGUCAGGGAACCCAACUGAACAACUUAUCAGGAAUCUUUAUCCUCCUAUUGAGCCUUAUAGCACAGGUUUUCUCAAGGUUUCUGAUGUUCACACAAUCUACUGGGAGCAGUCAGGAAACCCUGAUGGCCAUCCAGUCGUGUUUCUUCAUGGGGGACCUGGAGGAGGAACAUCACCAAGUAACCGAAGGUUCUUUGAUCCUGAAUUUUAUAGGAUCAUUUUAUUUGAUCAGCGUGGUGCUGGAAAGAGUACACCCCAUGCUUGCUUGGAAAAUAACACCACUUGGGAUCUUAUUGAUGACAUUGAAAAGCUAAGAGAACACUUGAAAAUUCCAGAAUGGCAGGUCUUUGGUGGCUCUUGGGGAAGUACACUUGCUCUUGCUUACAGUGAAUCACAUCCUGACAAGGUUACUGGCUUGGUCCUAAGAGGGAUAUUCCUUUUGCGGAAGAAAGAGAUCGAUUGGUUUUAUGAAGGUGGUGCUGCUGCUAUUUAUCCUGAUGCUUGGGAACCGUUUAGAGAUCUUAUUCCAGAAAAGGAGAGGGAGAGUUUUGUUACUGCUUACCACAGGAGACUGAAUUCUGAGGAUUUGGAAAUACAAUAUGCAGCUGCUAGGGCAUGGACCAAAUGGGAAAUGAUGACUGCCCAUCUUCUACCAAAUGAUGAAAACAUCAAGAGAGGGGAUGAUGAUUAUUUUUCACUGGCUUUUGCAAGGAUUGAGAACCACUACUUUGUGAAUAAAGGGUUCUUUCCUUCUGAUUCGUUCUUGUUAGACAAUGUUGACAAAAUAAGGCAUAUUAACACUACGAUUGUACAGGGAAGAUAUGAUGUUUGCUGUCCCAUGAUGUCUGCUUGGGAUCUCCACAAAGCAUUUCCAGAGGCGGAUUUUAAGGUUGUUCCAAAUGCGGGGCAUUCAGCCAACGAACCAGGAAUAGCUGCUGAACUUGUGGCUGCAAACGAGAAGCUGAAAAGCCUUGCCAAGAAGAACAAACCUUGAAAUUCGAAAGCUAAGUCUACAUGUUGAUUUGCCUCAUAAACACAAGCAGUUUGAUAAUCAAUUGAAGAGAAUUUGGUUUAAACUUAGAA